AAAAAAAAAAAAAAAAAAAAAAAAAAAAGAGAGAACAGACCAAUGGAUAAAACCAAUGGUUCGGGUUGUUUUGGACCAUCAUCAAAUAUAGAACCUCAUGUGGAUAAAAAAUGAUAAUAAAAAAGCCCUGUUGUUUUAAAAAGAAAAUCCACAACAAAUGUGUAUACCAUGCGGACAAAAUGUUUUAUUUGGUCUUCAAAGAGCAUUUGAUUCAAAUGAUGCAUCUAAAGAAAAAAAAAAUUAUUAGAGAAAGCGUGGUAACAAACGAACAAGUUUUUUACAAUGGUCAAAAUAAAACACAAGGGUUUAGGGUCUAUGUCAUCUCAACUUUUUACUUCCCUCUCUAUCUCUCUCUUUUUCCCUCCCUCCCUUUCCUUCCUCGCCUUUUCUCACUUCUUCCCUUCCUCCCUUUUCCUCCCUUUUUCUUUUCCCCUUUCUUGCUCAGCUCAUCAUCAGCGUCAUUUAUUUUUUAUAGUGCAACCACAAAAAAAAAAAAACGGUUUUAGUAAAUACACGAACAUUACAUGCUAAACACUAAAAAAGAAAGGGUGAG